GGCAAGAGUGUACGCGCAAGUGGUGCGAAAAUUACACAAUGCGGAAUUAUAAAAAAACCACUGAGCGUGGUACGAAGUCCGUUGAGCUGAUGAAGCGAGCGGCUGAUUUAGUCGCAAAUGAAGAUAAAUCAAUAAGGCAAGUUUGUCGUGACUAUGAGAUUAGCAGAACUUCAUUGAAGAGAUUCAUGGCGCGGUUAAAGGAAAAUCCGGAGUCGCCAAAAUUUGGCUACGGCACUCCCAGAUUAGUGUUUAACCAAGAACAAGAAACUUCUCUCUGCGAGUAUUUACUGACACUUGCACAAAUCUUUCACGGUAUAGGCCCUAAAGAUGUUCGUCGCUUGGCUUAUGAAUGCGCUGUAAAAUAUAAUUUGAAGAUUCCUGAGGUAUGGCACACAAAUAAGAUGGCUGGAAAGGACUGGCUGACGGGAUUCUUGUCAAGGAAUGACCGUCUCUCUAUCAGGAAGCCAGAGGCUACUAGUUUGAGCAACCUCUUUCAAUCGAACGAACGUUUGUGA